GCUUUUGUCUGUUGGUAUGGUAACACGUCGCGCGUUGUCAACAGUGCGCUCUGAGCAGUCCAAGAGAGAAGUGUUGCCAGUGGAUGAAUACCAAGCACGAAAUAUGACGGACGCAGCUGCAGCAACAAAUAUUGAUGCACACGGAGGCGAAGGAGACAAGUUCGGCAGAAUCACGAAAAAAUUUCUUCGUGAUCUAUGCAAGAAACUCGAUUUAUAUUCAACGCCGUACCUCAACGACGUGUUGUAUCUACAUUAUAAAGGGUUCAGCAAAAUUGAAAAUCUCGAAGAAUACACAGGUUUAAAGUGUUUGUGGUUAGAGUGCAACGGCAUACGUAAAAUAGAAAACCUGGAUAACCAGAAGGAACUCAGAUGUUUGUAUUUGCAUCAUAAUUUGAUAAAGAAGAUUGAAAAUUUGGAUGUUUUAUUUCAUUUAGAUACAUUAGUGUUGAGUCAUAAUUGUAUAUCAAAACUAGAGAAUUUAGAACACUUAACGUCUCUUAAUACUCUGAAUGUAAGCCACAACAAAUUGCAGACGAGUGUAGAUAUUGAAAUUUUAAGGAUGUGUAAGAAACUCUCCGUCCUGGAUAUUUCUUUUAAUCAAAUUGAUGAUAAGGAAGCUAUGAAUGUUUUUUAUGAAAUGGAAAAUUUGCGAGUAUUAACUUUGACCGGAAAUCCUGUGGUGAAGAUGAUAUCACCAUAUAGAAAGAUUGUAACUGUGAGCUGUAAAAAUUUGCAGUAUUUAGAUGACCGACCAAUUUUUGAAAAAGACCGGUUAUGUGCAGAAGCAUGGCAUAAACAAGGACCUGAAGCGGAAAGACGAGUUAGAGAGAAAUAUGAAGCAGAAGAAUACGAGAAAUUACGCCAGAGUACUUUGGGCUUAACCAGGCUGAGAGAAAGUCAGCUUCAGAAUUAUUCAGACGUAAAGGACGAAACGAAAUCGGAUGGAUUAUUUACGGAACAGUCGGAAGCCGUCAGUUGCGCAUCUGAAGACAACAAUAUGAAUUGUGUUGGUGACAGUCACAGCUCAGACUGUGACCAAGAAGAAAAAAGUUCGCAGGCAAACACUCAUGAGGCAUCAAAGUUGAGCAGCGUGAGCAAGGAAAUAAUCGAAACAAAAUGCGCACAUCGUAGCGAAAAGGAAAUAAUAAAUACGGAAAGGCCUGAAAGUCGAGCAGUGCAUGUACCUCACCGUGAAAUGUUAGAAGUGGCAAAUGAGUGUUCUGUAAAUAUCACUAACGAGACUCUUACUUGUAAUGGUGAAGAUUUCGAGAUUAGAUCUUCGAGUGACACACUGGAAGUAUCAGAUGACGAUGAAUGUUAUAUGUCAGUGCGCCCCAAUCGUCCGCUCAUUGUGGAGUUAACUGAGAGCGAGGGAGGAUCAGAAGCAGCCAGCAACACUGUCGGAUACUUUAAUUAAAACAAAUUACAGGAAUAAUUUUAAAUUAUAACGCCUAAACUAUGUCUAGUUUGCAAUAGAUAUUUAUUUAACAAGCAUGUGACCUUUUUUCGUUAUUUUGUCAUGUAUGACUGCUUGCAAUAAACUGCUAUGACGAACAUAUUAAACGGCAUUGAAUAAUUCACUUACACGUGCUUUAAAUGGGAGUUAGCUUUUUUUUUCCUACUGUUGUAAAAUUUUGUGGUCGAGAGGAAUAUUCAAUAUGAGUUUUCGGCUAUGACCAGCGGUGGAAUAUUAAUCGCUCUUGGGGGGUCACAUUCUGGGAGCAUAUAUUCUCAGUUUUGUUGUUGGAAUGUGAAAGCGAAAUAAUCUGGUUGUGGUGACAGAUCAGUCUGUAGCUCAGCCCGAGGUCUAGGUUAACUUGGAAUUUGACAAUUUGGUUAAGAGUUGGCAAAGCCUAGACCGUGAAACUAAUGUAAUAUGGAUGGGUCACAGCCUGAUAUGUAGCUCUGAUAUCACAUCAUAGUCAUGUUGUUUAUGUCAUUUGUCAAUCAUUUCUUAAGUCUGUGGUCACAGCCAGUGACUCGUACUGAAUAUUUCUCUUUUGCUAGUUUGUGAAGAUCUGAAUAUAAUUUGACAACUGUUGUUAGGAAGGAACAUAAGUGAACAUUUUGGUGCGGUAAUCAGUAUGAGUCACGAUUAAGAAAUUCAUGUUGGCUGGUAUUUAUGAUUCAGUUUAGACCACACCAGAAUAUUGGUUAUCAUUUCUUCUUUAAAUUGGUCAGCAUACUACGUUUACACAAUCUGCAGAUUUUGACAUUACAUACAGACAGUGGUAACAUAAAACCAGAAACUUAUUUUCUUCUUGUUGCAUCAUUUUUUUCCAGAAGCUUUUUUCAAUAAUUUAUGUAGCUAUCUGUGUUUUUUUUGUGUGUGUAUACCGUUCAAUUUGAUUUACCUUUGUCAUGACAGACGAUUUCCAAGAAAUGUUGUCUUGCUGAAUCCUAUCAAAUUAUGGCAAUUCAUAGGUUUACAAGAGCAUUACAAUUAAUAGUUAUAUGUGAGAGUCAAAAUUAAAGCUCAGAAAUUGAUUUGUCAUUUUUAAAUAAAUGGUGAUAUUCUAAUAAAAGUGACUAUAAGUGAUAGUUAUGUUACAUUUGAUUGAAAGGUUCUGUUUGGAAUUUCAUUGAGAAUGUACUAUUAAUGGAAGUAUUAAUGUAUACAAAAGAAAUAAAGCAAAUUUUACUUUAAAAGUAGCCAUAACUGAAUUGUUUAAGGCAGGGCAUGUCCACUCUAUAAACUGUUCCUUGAUUUUGUGGACAAAGUGUUUGUUACGUGAUGCAGAGGAAACAUGUUUCAAGUGGGGAGAAAGCUGGAGUCAGGUGCAGUUCCACAAUUUGGUUCGGGGCAGGAGUCACUAGUAUGUUACUCUGUCUGUCACCUCCCCUCAUCCCACACCACCAAAUGUAACUCACUGUCAUUCCUAAUUUUAACACGCUGCAAAUGUGAGUUAUUUUAAUUGAGACAACAGUAAAAAAAUCUAAAACUUUUUAAUAUACUAAUAAUAAUAUGUUUACAUCAGCCAAAGUGCAUUGCUCUAGCAUAGAUAUUGCUAUCUAAAAAAGGUAGGUAAUGAAAAGCAUAUGUCUGAGAAUUUGAGAAGCACAAGUGUCACCAUAGUUAGUUUAAGAACUAAUAACCACACACUUCCACAACUUAAAAGUCUUAAUUUAAAUAUAUAAAAUCAAAGUGUGCACUUACAGUUGUCAGUAUUUCACUAAGCACUAUGAUCGUGAACAGUGCAGACUGUGAUUAAAUGAGUGGAAUGUCCAUAUUCUUAAUAAUUUCCUCCUAUGUUUGGGAAGCCAGUUUUUCUUUUGUUUUUUUCCUUAGUGGAGGGGUUUUUCAUUUCUGUCUUCCCUUACUCAGUUUUCUGCAGUUUCCGAAUUCUAUCUUUGGACUCGCAAACCGUGUCCGAUUUGUUGUUGGCAGCAAGUUAGCCUGUGAAAUGGCACCUUUACCUAGCUGAAAAGUUAAUGGUCAGGCCGCAAGCUCAUCCAUGUUGGCAGACAUUCACACAAGCCACUGAAACCUACCCUGUGUUAAACAUAGCUCUUAACCCUUUGCGGUGCAUUUUUUGUAGAAACUCAACAAAUCAUUUUUAUGGUAUGUUAUUAGAAUUGUGAUGAAUUGACUAUAUUUAUGUUUUUAUAAUUUUAUUUUUGUGAUUUAGGACCAAAAAUGAUGACGGUGUAUAUAUCAUUACAGCAUCUUUAAGAGCUGUUAAAACUAUGGUGGUAAAUGGAUUUACCACUCUCCUUUUGUGAGAUGAUGUGUCUCAGCAUUACAUGUAAAGAAUAAGAAACAGAACUUGUGUUAUAACUUUAUUUCAAUAUAUUUACAUUUCAUAUUUACAAGUGAUUUAUAUUUGGUGUUAACAAUUUGGUGCCUAUAAACAUGUCAGAUUUCUUUCCCAAACAAAUGUUCAAAUUAUUAUCACAGUUUUUUUUUUUUUU